AUGGGGCCAUCAACCAGCGGCGGCAUCGGCAUUGACGAGCUCCUUCCGCUGGUGUUGCAACUGACCAAUGCAGAACAGCGAGAGGGCGUUCUCCUGGAGCUCUCCAAGAAACGAGAGUCCUUUCCCGACCUCGCUCCCAUUCUGUGGCACUCUACAGGAACAGUGGCAGCGCUCUUGCAAGAAAUAGUGUCCAUUUAUCCCCUAUUGACGCCGCCUACCUUGACGGCUCACACCAGCAAUCGUGUUUGCAACUCCCUCGCCCUUUUGCAAUGUGUAGCGAGUCACCCUGACACACGGCAACCCUUUCUUGCCGCACAAAUACCACUCUACCUCUAUCCGUUGAAUACACAUAGCAAGACUCGCCCAUUCGAGUACCUGCGACUAACAAGCUUGGGGGUUAUUGGGGCGCUGGUCAAGGUCGAUGACACCGAAGUCAUCAGCUUCCUCCUGAGUACAGAGAUUAUACCUCUAUGUUUACGAAUUAUGGAAGCUGGAUCGGAGCUUUCGAAAACAGUCGCGACUUUUAUCGUUCAGAAGAUAUUGUUGGAAGAAAGCGGCCUGAACUAUGUGUGCGCUACCGCCGAGCGGUUCUACGCAGUCUCGACAGUCCUAGGGAAUAUGGUGCAGCUAUUGCAAAAUCAUCCCUCGGUCCGACUCUUGAAACAUGUUGUGCGGUGUUAUUUGCGUCUCGCCGAUCAUCCGCUUGCCCGAGAGGCAUUGAAAAACUGUUUACCAAGCUCGCUGCGGGACAAUACUUUUGGGCAGCAUUUGAACAAUGAUCCGACGGUCCAAAAAUGGUUACUUCAGCUGCUGGCUAUGGUAGGAGAGCAAGACUCCUCCCCUGGAGGUUCUGCGGUGGGAAAUCUACCACCAACGGGAGCUUGA